ACCAUGUAGUCAAUAUAACUUAUAAAGGAGAUUAGUUUAAGCCGGUGGAGUCUGCUAUCAUAUUUACUAGGAUAUACAGGAUAAUAUCUUAAACAUAACAAAAUGUUUACCAUACAAUUAAAAACAUAAACCAUUUUCGUAUAUUUUAUACAUAUUAUAAAUUCGUAAAUGCUUCAGUGAAUAAGGAAGUGAAAAUGAGACGGUUUGAUAUAAUACUUUUUUAAAAUUUCAUUGUCUACCUUUUUGUUAGUUAUUUGUAAAGUUUAUAGCCAUUAUUCUUUGCACAAGAGGAUAAUUGAACUUAAAAGGGUGAGAAAACUGUGCAGUCAAUCUUGGGCUCGAACCCGGGAUCCCUCCUUUCAAGGCGAGUGCUCUACAGACGGAGCUAACCGGUUGCCUGACACAUCUUCGCCCCUAACGUGACCAAGUCCGUAUCGUGACAUACAUCUCCACAAAAUGGAAACUCGUCCUCUAGUUUGGAAGUUGUAAUAUUGCAUGCGUCGUAAGACUGACCAAACAAGCAUGCCACGGUCCUAUGACAGACGCCAAUUGUCACAGGGUGAGAAUAAUAUGCAGUCAGUCCGAGGCUCGAACUCGGUACCCCUCGCUUACAGGGCAAGUACUCUACCGAUUGUGCUAGCCGGCUGCCUGAACAUCUCCCCUAGCGUGACCAAGUCCGUAACGUGACAUAUGUAUAUAAAAUUGAGAAAAGUGGAAACUUCACAGGUCGCCCAACACGACAAAAACGAAAAUGUUGCAGGCUCGGCUUGAUUGAGCCUGUUCAUGGACGGUAGUGGAAAUGCAUUCUACCGUCCACGCCCUCUAGCCCCGGGUUGAGCAGAACUCAACAUUUACACAUGCUAAAAGUACAAAAAGCAAUUUAGAGACAUCCGCAGAUAUAUUCAAACGGCGAUGAACAGGGAACCUUCACUGAUACACGUGUUGAGGCGUGUAAUUUCUAGAAGAGCGGCGUUUGGUCCCCAGAUAAAGUAACGGGUUUGCCCCAAACGAGAAAACAAUGGGCAAAACUAAACAACUGGAAUUUAGAAAGUGGAUCUGAGGUUAUGGAGCCUGCGUAUCACAGGAACUGUCAAAAGACAAAAAUAAAAAACAGGCACCAUAUCCAAGGGGUGAUUAUACAAUACCAAAGGCUAUGAAAGCGGGAAUAUUGGAACCACCCAGGCCGAAAUGGUCAUGUUGAGAAACUAAACAGUACCAAUAACACGACAUAAAAGUCGUGCUGAACGAUCUGAGAAGAUCGAAAUAUAACAGCCCUGGUUGAAUAUACGGGGAGACUUUUUACGGCCGCCACACGGCACAAACACAGCUGCUGUGAUAAUAAAAUAGAGAAAAGUGGAAACUUCACAGGUCGCCCAACACGACAAAAACGAAAAUGUUGCAGACCCGGUUUGAUUGAGCCUAUAUAUAUAAGUUUGUUAACACAUAUUGUUGGCAUCAAAUUUCAGUGUCUUUCUGCCAAGAUACUUCCGUUGACCAGUACAAAGAUUGCUGCAAAAUGAGGCAUAUUAACUCUAAAUUAAAAAAAAGAAAGAAAAUAAAGAAAUUCGAAAGAAAAUUGCCAAUAAUUUGAUAUCAGUUUUAGCACGUGGAAAUACACGCUGUUCAUUAUAUAUAAUAUAAAUGAUAUAGUAUAAUAUAACUUCUAACACGAACUUAACCUGCAAACAUAGCAAUGUUUACGCUUCAUGUUGCGCAAAGAAAACCACCUUUAAUAGAGAAUCAAUAAUGAAAAAAUCAUUGCAAGUAUUAGUAAGUUAGCACACAUACGUUUAGCGUCAUAAAAUAUUUUUAUUUGGCUUUCGUUGGAUUUAACGUCACAUCGACACGAUUACAGAUGAUAUGACGGUCUUUCAGCUGUUGGCGGUGGAAGAAGACAGCAGGUGUAUCUGAGACAAAAGCGGGCGCCCGGGUAGAUCUUACCUCCUUCCGUCCUUCCGUAUGCCAGCAGUAUGGCAUACUCACAUGAAAGUAUCCUUCACCCCAAGCGAGGUUUUGAAUCCACAUCGGUAACGGAGAAGGGAAUCAAAGUUAGCGACUUUCACCACUCGGUCACGGAGGUCCCACAAUGUAUUGCAGCUUUAAAACAUGCAAAACUGUCCUCUAGAUAUGAUUAUAAUUCUAGAAAUACAGGAUAUCAAUUAUCUAAAUAAGAUACGAGAAAAAAAAAUCUAGCAGAAAGUUCAGAUGAAGUGAAAGUGGGCGUUUUGUUAGAUUACUUUAGACGGAAUUGAUCGUGAGGGGACAUCAUACCAAUAUCUCUUUAAUGUUAAGUACAACAGCCUUGUCAACACGGUCAAAGAGCGGCUUAUUGUACUACAAUCUUCCUCAUAUUAUUAAAUGUUCAAGUCAGUCACACAAUCUUUAUUUUUUAUUUAUCUUACAAAAUGUGGAUUGAAAUUGCAAUAUUUUCUGCCCCAGUGAAUCGGGAAGAUAAAUUCAGACACGUAGCUAAUUUCUUCCACUGAUUGUAUCUACUGUCAUAAAACAGAUAUAUCACUCCUUGUGUUCUUGAAUAUAAUACGUAACUUUUAAUAUUGUGAAAAGGUGUGAAUACCUAAAAUAUUUUGGCAAUAUAAUGCUCUGAAGCUUUUCCAUUUUUGCUUAACAUAUACAUGAAAUGUGUCUUAAAUUCGAAUGUAAAUGAAUGUUUGGAGACAUAAGGGAUACAUAAAUAACUUUUAGAUAUAUCAAUACAUUGAUGCAGCCCCUUUAAAAAUCCAGCGGAAAUAAAAUACAGCCUUAGGCCAUGUGGUUUUGGACAAGAGGAUUUUCAUAGCUUUUUCCUAUAUCAGUCUAUAUAAACCAUAUGACCUCCCAGGAUGGGGCCAUAUUUGACCCUAGGGGAUUAAUUUGAACAAUCAUGGUAGAAGACAACUAGUUAAUGCUACAUACCAAAUAUCAAAGCCAUAGGCUUUGUGGUUUUAGAUGAGAAGAUUUUAAAGUGUUUUCUUUCGGUUGACAUGGCAACCAGAAUUCUAUGCGGAAUUCAAUUCUGAACAAUUUUUAAGGAAGAUUAUUCCUUUGAAGUUUAUCAAAAUGGGCAAGAUGUUAAGGAGGUGACGCAAGACGCACGACGAACGACGCACGACGGACAAUCACUGACCACAAUAGCUACUCAAACAGCUUGCUUCUGAUUUUUAUCUGUAUGUUAAAGAUACACUAGACAUAAUUUUUUGUAUUUGAAAAUAUGAACAACUACGUCAUAUAGAUUAUUUAAAGAUAAAACUAACACGUAUAUUUAUAUUAACUGUAAUACUAUGUAUUAUGCUAAAAAAAUACACUAAUACUUGUAGAUACACGCAGUUUAAAUGUGUACAGCCACUAAAUUUUGGAAUAAUUGAAUGGCACCCAGUCUACAUGACUAGUAUCUAUGACUUAAGCUUUACAUACCCAAUAAAUCUUCAGUAAAGUUAAUAAAACUUGAUGAGGAGUUUCUACAUUUGAAGUAAAUAUCUUAAGAUCGUAUAUCUAGUGUUCUAAUGAAAGAUGGAUUUUGGAAAUCUUGUACAAUUAAUUAGUGAUAAGUUUCUACAUUUUUGAGUAUGCAAUUGCCCAAUUCAAAAUGGUCUUGCAAUUAUAUCAUUUACAAGGCAAGAGACCAGUUUAAUUUGUUUCUACUUCCAUUAACGUCCACAAACAGUCUGAAUUAUACCGAGCCUGCAACAUUUUCAUUUUUGUACUAUAAUGUGACCUGUGGAGAUCUUUUAAAAUUACUUAAUAUGCUGCUUUGCAAUUGACCGCUAUAACUGACAGUGUUAUUAUUCAUUUGUUUGUUUUGUCCUUGGUCUCUACUUUUUUACUUUGUAUUUCAGUCUGGUAUAUUGUUACAGUUUGUUAUAGUUUUUGUUUGAUUUAACAUCGCACCGACAUAGUUAUUGGUCAUAUGGCAAUUUUCCAGGUUUGAUGUUGGAGAAAGUACCCAGCUGCAUUAAGUCAUCACGAGUGGACACCUGGGUAGAACCACUGGCCUUCCGGAAGCCAGCUGGAGGGGUUCCUCACAUUAACAUACAUUACUUAAUAUCUAGACUUCUAAAUAAUUUAAACAGUUCUGCUACAAGAACAUCAUAUCACUAAUCUAAUAACCUGAUACUUCCUUUACAAAGUUUUGUAUAUAUUUAAAGGAAUCAGAAUAUAUAAAUGGCAAGAACAACAGCAGUACUUUUACUUUUAUUAUGUCAGUUUGAAAUCUCCUCUCAGACAUGUAAUGAAUGUGAACGCUGUGAAGGAGAUAACGCCUGUGAUACAGACAAGAAAUGUAUCAAUGGAUGUAUAGCAGGUUAUUGGGGUGAUGAAUGUAGAAAAUCGUGUCCAGCAAAUUGUAAGACCUGUGUAAGUGAUUUGAAUUGUACAGAAUGUCAUCCUGGAUAUUUUAGUGUCCAGUGUGCAUUUCAAUGUGGGAAAGGAUGUGUCAGCAAUACUUGCUUACAAUCGGGAGAAUGUACCUGUAAAUCAAGUGACUUUAGUGAAGGUUAUUGUAACACAUGUUCAAGUUCAAAUAAGUAUGGCGAUGAAUGUAACUACUCUUGCCCUCCAAACUGCGGUGGCUGUGAAUCACAAACAGAAUGUAGAUGGUGCAAAUAUUCUGCAUUUUACGGUUCUUACUGUCAGUUUAUGUGUUCCAUAGGAUGCGUCAAAGGAACGUGUAUGAAGGAUGAUGGUACUUGUCAUAGUGGAUGCAAAUCUGGCUUUAGAGGAAAUAAAUGUGAUUCCUGUGUGUCAGGAAAAUACGGACCAAAGUGUGAUUUAGAUUGUCCAAGUCAUUGUAUAUCUUGUUUAUCAAACUCAAACUGCACAGAAUGUAAAAUAGGCUAUCGUGGUAAAACCUGUACAGAUAUCUGCGCACCAGGUUGUUACGGAAUAUGUUCGAUUUACAGUGGUCAAUGUAUGGAAUGUAAACAGGGAUUAUAUGGAGAUAUCUGCAACAACACAAAAACAUGUGAAGAUGGAAAGUAUGGAAUUAACUGUUCAAAUGAAUGCAAAAAUGUAGACCAGUUUUGUUUAAAGUGCUUUGCAAGUGAAUCAGGAAUGUAUGGGGGCUGUUUAAAUUGCGCUAGUGGUCACUAUCCAAUUGUUCCCAAUGGCGUUAAUUACAGUUUAUGUACAUCAUGUCCAGGCGAGUGCAAAGACAAUGUAUGUAAUUCAACCGGGCUUUGUUCAUACGGGUGUUUUCUUGGCAAAUGGGGAGGUACAUGCAAUUCUGACUGUGAAUCGAACUGUUUAGAAUGCAAUCAGAGUGACGGGAAAUGUAUCAAAUGUAGAACCGGAACGUAUUCAGAGGAUUGCUCAAUAUUAUGUAGCACAAACUGCAGUACAACUGACAGUGAACGAAUAUGCGAAUUGCACACUGGCGUAUGCAUCAAUGGAUGCAGUUUAAAUAGAAAAUAUGGAAACUUUUGCGAGCACCAAUGUAAUGACAGAUGCAUCAAUCAAACAUGCAACUGGAAAACGGGCCAAUGCUUACAUGGAUGUGUGGAAAAUUAUUACGGCUCUAUUUGUGACAAUGAAUGCGCUUCUACAUGUAAAUCAGUGAAAAAGAAACGUUCAUGCAACGAUUCCACUGGAUAUUGUAUUUCUGGAUGCGAAAAUGGUUUCCAUGGCAAUAUGUGCGAACGCAAAUGCAGUGGUACUUGUGUAAAUGAAACAUGCCAUCAAGUCACGGCGGAAUGUUUGUAUGGCUGCAUUGAGGGUUACGAUGGGCUGCAAUGUACACAAGCAACGACGCGAGUUCAGCAAGAAUGUAUUACCACUGGUGAACUGAUAGGGAUAGUAUUUGGAUCAGUGCUGAUUGGUUUACUUAUUGGAGGGGCGUUAACAGUAGUCUUCAUUAUAUGGAAACGAAGGAACACCAAACCAAGAGGCGAAAGCAAUCAACAGACAGUUGACAAUUAUGACAAUAAUAUCCCAGUGACAUAUGAAGAUUUAAAAGAACGUGAUGAGAGGACAUACAGUCAGAUAACUUCAAACAAACAGUUGUCUCCUCAAGCGGCUGAAUAUGUGAAUUGUUGAAUUCAUUUAGUCAGAUCAACAAUUCAGCCUCUAGGUUUCUUCCAGCAUGUCAAUACCUCAGAGUUUUAUAUGUUAUUAUAAUGAUAUUUUCAAAUGAUGCUAUAGCCAAUGCCUCGCAUACAUACUUCACGGGAAGUUUAUAUUCACAUAUUACAAGUGCGAAAUUAUUCUUAUGCACGAGCUCUCACAAUAAAUAAUAUUCAUACACAAAUACACAUCUACUUUAAAAAUGUGUUUCUAUGUAAGCUUGGAAAACGCUUUGAAUUAACUUAUUUCUUAACAUUGUGGAGGUAUAUUUGUAAUAAUCAUAUUUUUCAUAACGGAGUUGCAAAUAUCAUAUAUAUGAUACUUUUCAAUAGAUUCGAAGUUGUAUCGGUUUUCGUGCUUUGGUAUAUUAAUUAAUACACAUGUUUCAUUGUAUGAUUUGUAACUAUUUCCUUGUCUUUGUCCAUGCAUAAUCAUUAAAGGAAAAAUACAAUGUACAACAUAUCUAAGAAACCAGUAUGGCCAAAUGCAGAUAAAGACAUACAUACAAAACAUAUAAAAAAUUAUUCUAAGAUGCUUGUUUCUGUUAAAACACGCUUUCACUAAAUUAACGUCACGUUAAGGUGCGUGGACGUCAAUGUUUUUGUUGCGACCAAGAAAGAGCACUUCUAUAUUCCAUCUAUUGUUUUAGAUUAAGGCAUGCUAGAAUCGAAACAAUGUAUAGCAAAAUCGUAUUUUACUUGAAGUUAUACGCUCAAAAUCGGUUAUACGUCGCCAGAAUAUUUCACCAGGGCUACUACGCCCUCGUGAAAUUAUUCCAAAGACUUAUAGCAUCUUUCCUUGUAUUAAUAACGUUGAAACAUGUUGUUUUUUCUAUACACAAUUUCUUAAAAAAAUAUACCAAGCACGAACAUUUGAUAUGAAUAUUGUUCUGAAGCUUAUACGAAAGCUAACUGGCAUAAAAUGGCUUAAACUGAACACUCAAUUUACUCCAUGAUCCCGAAAAACAUAUAUAGUAACAAUACUAAGGCGUUAUUAGUCUCAUUGUACGGUUGGCGCACUUCAGUUUAUUACUGCUGUAGUGAAAGUUAAAAUUUCUGUAAGAAAAAUAUUUGGAAACGCUUUCUUUUCAACCCAUAGCAGUCUGUUUUCUUGUGGAAGGAAAUAUCAAACAAUAUCAGCUACAAGAACUAUAAACUUAAACUGCGUUUAUCUUCCUGACUGUUAUAAAAUUGUAAUAUUUUGUAAAUAUAUAUCUCCCUUAAAAAAAUAUUCAACGAGGAGAAACGUUUGUUUUACUUCAGUGAACCAGGAAAAUAAUUGCAGAUUUUGUUCAUUGUUUUACGUCAUGUAGCUACUGCAGUGAAAAAGAUGUAUCGGGUCCUGUUAGAAUAGAUUUUUGUAUUUAGAGACAA